UGCGCAUGGGUCGCGUGAGGCGGGCGGCGGGGCGGCUGCACGCGGGGCUGCUGCGGGCCGUGCUGUGGCCGUGGGGGGCUCCUCCGCAGCCGGCCGCCUCGGAGGUGCUGACCCUCCACCUGCUGCAGCGGCGGCUGCCCCCCUGGACCUCCUUCUGCGUCAAGUACAGCGCGGUGCGCAACGACCAGUUCGGCCUCUCCAGCUUCAACUGGGCGGUGCGCGGCGCCAACUACCACGUGCUGCGCACCGGCUGCUUCCCCUUCGUCAAGUAUCACUGCUCCCGCGGGCCCCGCCGCGACCUCCACGCCCAGGACGCCCUGCUGGCCGCCCUCAAGAUGCUCAACCUGGGAAUCCCAACGUUGUUAUAUGGAAUUAGCUCUUGGUGCUUUGCCAGCGUCACCGAGACUGUUCAGACAUGCUGUGGUCCGGUCACUAUUUACUUCCUGAAUAAAGAAGACGAAGGUGCCAUGUACUAAAACGUGGUUUCAAAAACUGUUAGUGUGCUGAAUUAAUAUAGAAAAGAAUUAUUUUCUCAACUUUUUGCUGUGUCAACAUUCUUAUGCAAACAGUAUAUGUAUUUUUUCAAGGCAUGUCCCUAUUGUUGAAACAUAUUACUUUUCUUUGAUUCUGUAAAACAUCAAAUACAUGUUGAAUUAUGCACAGAUGCAAAACCAAACAAAACUCUGGGAAAUUAUUUGAAUUAACUACUUUUAUCCAAAGCUGACUUUCACCUCUUAAUUAAUUUUGAUUUUUUGCGAUCUUACCUCAUUAUCCAAUUCUUAAGUACAAUUUAAAAGCAAUAUGUUUCUUCUUAAUGAAUUUUUUAAAAGAUAUAACUGAUAUUCAAAACAGGUUCAGUCCUCUCUGAUAAAUAGAAGUUGUUUGUAUUAAAAUCCAGAGUUUUAAAGAAAAAAAAAUGCCUGAAAUUUCAGAGGGUUGAAUGUGGAGAUUGGUCUUGUACCUGCAGGCAGCUAGAGUGAUUGUGAUCUGGCCGAAAUUAAGUACCUGUUCAAUCCUAUUGCUUUCAAUGGAAGAUAGUUAAAUAUGCUUUAUUAUUUAACUCAACAUGAUUUAGAAGUAAUUAACACACAAUAUGACUUUGUCAUAUGCUUAAUGUAGAAAAUUAUAUUCACUCAGUCACUCUAGUUUGACUUCCAAAGUGUUGACCUGAUAAAGUGUUGCAGAAAUAAUGUAGUUAUGAAAACAGAUCUAAAAGCAUGCAUAACAUUUGUUCAUUUUAAAUUAUUUCAGCAAGCUAUUUUCAUCUGGGAUGUUUGCUGUAAGACAAAAUAUAAGUCAUUUUUCAAAAGGCUCUUGUUAGAUUUUGUGUAAGUAUAUUUCUUAAAAUCCAUCAGAAUUGAAUUUUGAAUUGCUUUCAUUCAGAAGACAAGUAGUACAUUUGUUUUGUUUUAACUGCAGCUCUAAAUCUGUAAUCAAGGAAACACUCCAGUAUAUUUGAUACCAAAGGAUAUUCCUAAUACAAGUUAAAUAAAUAGUUCGCCCAGAGGAGUAGCUGGUGUGUUACAUUAAGCUUCAUUAAUAAUAAAAGUGACUAUUAGCAUUUUGCUAGAUUGGCUGGAACUUAUGUUCCCAGUAAUGGGCAGAAUUAAAUAAGUGCAGCUCAUAAGUUAAAGUCAAAUACUGCUCGUUCAUUGCUCCCGAUUCUGUCAAUACUCUUCUUUAAAGGUUUGGUCUCAACACAAGACUGAUAAAAUGUUUUUUAAUUACCACGCAAUAAAUAAAGCUUCCCCUUGGAGUGGCCUGUU